AUGACCUGGUCCGCACUCGAGGAUAUCCUGUACAGGGCGAUUCAAGCGCAGGGGAACCAAAGCGCCUUUGUGCAUCCAGAUAACCUGGUUCCACUAAAACUGGCUAUUUUACGACAUCUACCCGUUCUCGUCUUCAAUGCCGAAAAGGAAUUCGAACAGAAGGAUGCUGCCAUUACUUUGACAUACUUCGACAAUGAAGAUCUUGAACUUCACCUCAGUCACGUGAGGAAGACAGAGGGUGAGCAAAGCUAUCCGUCUCCCGGGUGGUAUGGUGAUACAGACGUGAAAACAGCCAGUGUGCUUGACGUUAUUUUGGAGCUCACUGAACAGCAUCCCUCCAAUUUCAUGGAGCGUCAGACCCACAGGGGGAAGACUGGACAGGCUCGAGUUGAGAAAGGCAAGAAGACACGAGCCGAAGUCGAGUCUAGGAGUCAGCUUGCACAAGCGAAGUUCAGUAUUGUGUUCUUACAAAGCAGCUCCAAGGCAUACGUGUUCAAGGUUCGAGGAGGCACAGACAGUCGAGGUAAACGAUUACCACAGAAGAACAUCAGAAUAGGAACGAAGACUAGAGUGGAGCGGCGGGACUUCUGGACCGCAGAAGCAAUCUGGUUGAUAGCUAGGGAGGGUGGUUUGAUCUAA